AUGACAGCGAACAAGGGCCUCACUUUGCUGGAUGGAGACCUCCCUGAGCAGGAGAACGUGCUGCAGCGUGUGCUGCAGCUGCCGGUGGUGAGCGGCACCUGCGAGUGCUUCCAGAAGACCUACGCCAGCACCAAGGAAGCACACCCCCUGGUGGCGUCUGUGUGCAACGCCUACGAGAAGGGCGUGCAGGGCGCCAGCAGCCUGGCCGCCUGGGGCAUGGAGCCGGUGGUCCGCAGGCUGUCCACCCAGUUCACAGCUGCCAACGAGCUGGCCUGCAGAGGCCUGGACCACCUGGAGGAGAAGAUACCAGCUCUCCAGUACCCUCCAGAAAAGAUCACCUCGGAGCUGAAAGACACCAUCUCCACGCGCCUCCGCAGUGCCCGCAACAGUAUCAGCGUGCCCAUCGCCAGCACGUCAGACAAGGUCCUGGGGGCCGCGCUGGUUGGCUGCGAGCUUGCCUGGGGAGUGGCUCGAGACACGGCCGAGUUCGCUGCCAGCACUCGCGUCGGCCGCCUGGCCUCUGGCGGGGCUGACUUGGCCUUGGGUGGCAUUGAGAAGGUGGUGGAGUACCUCCUACCCCCUGCCAAGGAGGAGUCAGGCUAUUCCCCUGGACGCCAGCAGGAUCAGAAGCCCCCCAAGACCAAACCGAGCCUGCUGAGAAGGGUGGGGGCCCUGGCCAACACCCUCUCUCAGCACGGCAUGCAGAGCACUGCCUGGGCACUACGGCAGGGCCACGCCCUGGCCAUGUGGAUCCCGGGUGUGGCACCCCUGAGCAGCCUGGCCCAGUGGGGCGCGUCGGCAGCCAUGCAGGUGGUGUCCCGGAGGCGAAGCGAGGUCCGGGUGCCUUGGCUGCACCAUCUUGCCACGGCCCAAGAAGAAGAACAUGAUGAGCAGACGGACUCGGAGGGGGCAGAGACAGAGGAGGAGGAAGAGUCGGAGACAGAGGAGGGGUUCAGUGAGGCAGCAACCAUGCCUGACCCACGAGGCCUCCUGGGCAGCAUGGCGCACACUCUACAGAAGACCCUGCAUGGCACGCUCUCAGCCGUGACGUGGGCACCUGCGGCCGUGCUGGGCACAGCAGGGAGGAUGCUGCACCUCACGCCCGCCCACACCGUCUCCUCCACCAAGAGCAGGGCCAUGUCUCUGUCGGAUGCCCUGAAGGGUGUCACUGACAACGUGGUAGACACAGUGGUACACUAUGUGCCGCUCCCCAGGCUGUCGCUGAUGGAACCCGAGAGCGAAUUCCGCGACAUCGACAACCCGCCGGCAGAGGUGGAGCGCAAGGGGUCCGCGGCACGGCCCGCCAGCCCGGAGCCCAUGCCGCGCCCCGCGCAGCCCCGCGGCAACCUGCGCAGCGUGCGGGGCCCGGCGCUUGAGGACAAGGCCGAGCCGCCCGCCGUGCCGCGCCCGGGCUUCCUGGCCGCGCCGCGCGAGAAGCCCACGCGCAGGGUCAGCGACAGCUUCUUCCGGCCCAGCGUCAUGGAGCCCAUCCUGGGGCGCGCGCAGUACAGCCAGCUGCGCAAGAAGAGCUGA